CCAACAACAACAUUCACCGUCCUAAAAUUCCAACACUGGUGCGCCACUGUGAGUGCCGCAUCUUUCAACAUCAUCACUCGUGCAGUCAUCGGGAGGACAAACCUUUUUGCAAACAGCACUUAUCGCGAAGAAGAAGAAUGUGCAAUGGAGAAACACGACUCAGAUGAGGCAUCUCAGUAUCAGCAGUGGUCGUGGCAACAGUUAUCCCCUCGAAACCUUGACCAUAGAGUUAGAAUUCCGACUGCCAUCACACUUCAUCGCUUGGUCCCUAAGGCUCCAACACCAACAACUAAACAUACUUUCAAACACUUUAAAGCUGAUGAAAUUCAGCAAGCACAGCUAAAAGCAAGAUACAAGCUGCUGAAAGCCAGGUUAGCACAUGAACAGCAUGCAGCUCCUGCCUCAGAUUGUAAUCAAAGUACAAAACCAGUAGCUUCUACCUCAGAUAAUAAUGAAAAUACAAAACCUGCAGCAUUUACCAAAGUGAGGGGAAGUGAUGACUUGCCACAUCAGCAGAAUGAACAGAGGACUGAUGUGUUCAAGAGGUUGAGCAAAACUGGAGUUGGAAAGUCUGUCAAACUCUCUGAAACCUCCAAGAAAGUUGCUACAAAACGUCCUUUACCCCUGCACCAAGGAAUUGGGGAAUCAAAUCUUCGCAUACGUCAGGUCACAAGAUUGAUUUUCCAAAUAUCUAAUAGUGUAAAAGAAUUGGAAAAUCUCAAAAACCAAACUUGUUUUCAGAGAGAUUUUGUAACCCCAUAUGAUGACGAAGUGAAAAGGAAACGUUGGGAAGAAUUUCUUCAUUUUGCUGGACGUUCAUUAUUUUCAUUGAGACGAGAGGUGUCUGUAAUGGAAAGAAAAUCUAAUACUGAGGAGAAGAAUAAUAGCAUUUAUCUGAGGAUGUUGGCUGUAUCCACACGUACAAUUCACCGACUUCUACUGGCACUAAAGACACAUUCAGAAAAUGCAUUCGUGUCAACUCCUGGAAAGAAGCUGUUUGUUGAACUGAUUUCUAUAACAGAGAGAAUCUUUGCACUUGUCUAUACUAUUGGAGUUAGACCUCCCAGACUGAAUGUACAGAUAAGACCAGAAACAGCUGAGAAUUUUCCACUAGACAGCAGCACGGAGUCAUCUGAGGUAGCAACAUCAGACAUUGAUGCUGAUGCCCUUACCAUUUUACAGCCAAAGUCUGUGCAGGACAGAAUAGCUAAGCUGGCAUUUCACAGAUUUAAAAAGAAACGGAAAAAAACGGCUCAUGGAAAAGAUAGGAUAACAAGAGAUAAAAAAAGCAGUGAACCAAAAGAAUUGUCAGCAGCAGCUGACGAGGGACAUUCCUGCAGGCACAGUGUUCAUCACGCCAGAAGAAAGUCACCCGAGGUCUCCAUGUCUGAAGGUAAAAAAUCACCAUUCAGGAAAACAAGGUCACCAGAAAGAAACACAUCCCCUAAACAGUAUGCUUCUGCAGAAAAAAAUUCCAUCCUAGAAAAAGGUGCAUCUAAUACCAAACCAGACAUUCAAUAUUUAACGGUGGAUGGUCAUCAGAUAGUUGAAGAUACUGCAGAUGCAGUUGUGAACCGACUUCAACAGUUCUUUGAAGGAGAAACACAGGAAAAAGAAGAGAAAAUACACAGGCCAGUUGCUGAAGAAAUGGAGGGGCAGGGAGAGCAGAAAGAUGAAUGUGUUGCCAACAUUACCCAGCAGAUCCAUUACCUACUGGAGAGGGUAUGUAAAAUUGAAGAGGAACAUAGGAAAACACAGGAAAUAGUUUCAGAAGUGUCAUUAAGGAUGGAGACGCAGCACUCAUCAUUGGAUGUUAGUCUGGAAACUGCCAUACAGAAAGCAAAACAAGUUAUGUCAACCUUAGGAGAUAGUAACUACAAUACCUUCAAACAUGAUGCACCCAUGAGAUCUCCCAAAGAAAUAACUUUCCAUAAAAAUAAUAUUAUUCCUCAAAGGACUGUGGACAGUAUUACCAAUUUUAAAUUAUCAGCUAAUCACUGUGUUAGUGAUGUUGGAGCAUCCAUGGCUGAAAAGGAAUUUGAAGCUGGCAUUCAAAUUGAAAAACAGACAGCUGCUACUAAUUUAGAAGGCAACUUACAUGGUGAGGAAAGCAUUAAAAACCAACUGCAGUGUCAGAAAGAAGAAUUUUGGGCCUCUCUCGUGAAACGGGGUUUCAUCAAGCCACGUGAAGUCACAGAAAUUGGUGCUCGGGACAUACAUCAAGUUCUGGAAAUGUUGGGUCAGAAUCCUCACCUGUCUUUGGAAAAUGAUAUAGUUGAAAAAAUUUCAAGAGAAACUGAAAGUAAGCCUAUGUCAUCAAAUUUAAGACAGGAAAAUGCAAGAGUAAAUAAGUCAUUUGCCACCACUCAGACAAGACAAGAGCAGACUUUAGCAACUGCACUAGUGAGAGAUAAGGAAACUCAGAUUGGUUCACCUUUUGUAACCUAUCAUUCAUCAUUAUUUCAAAAUAAAUGUGUUAAGCACAAGUAUUCUGUCGGUUCAAAUGUUAACCAUAAUGCAUCAUCAGAAAACAUUCCUGACAGUUCUGAUAUUAGCAAUAGUGAUCAGUCUAGUGCUUGUGAGGGUGAUGAAUCCAUCACAUCUGAUCAUGUUAGUAAGGGGCCUUCCAGGGAUAUUUCUUCAGAGAACUCCAACUCUCACCAGUCCUCACUGAAGGCAAAGAAUGAUGGCUCUGGGAGCUUCCCAUCCUAUGAUGGAGUUAGCAACUCUGAGUAAGAUAAGCAUGUGUACAUUUCAAAGAUUGAAGAACAUUUUUCCUGAAGCCACCCCUUCAGGAAUUGAUUAAAGAGAUGAUAGGAAAAAGUAGUUUGUAUCCAGUCAGUUGAAACUAAAAAAAAAAGCUUGAAUGAAAUGAAAUAACCCUUUCUUGGUGAGCCCUUGAAGCUGUAUCAUUGAGAGUGUGUCUCAGUAUUCAGUAACAACAAUUAUUGGCAUCUUGUUGGUCCACUGUGGAUGGGAACCUGGCCAACGCAAAGAGGUCCUUCUCAGGGCAACUGAACACCUCGCACAGAAAAGAGAAAGACUCAUCUUGAAUGGUCCGCUUUGUGGAAAAGGGACAGAUGCAUGAUAAACAAUUCACAAGAAUGUGGAACACACCUUGCACAGGAACUGUACAGAGCACCAAAUCAUGAGAAGCUGAGCCACAUGAAGAGCCUAGCUUCAGUGGGGCAAAUACUGAAUUGACCCCCUACAGCACAGUGAACGAACCACCAGGUGCUGCCACAAUGGAGCUUGGAGGAAGAAUAAUCCCCAGUAGAGCCCACAGCAAAGAAGUAACACUCAUCCCCAGCAGUGAUCCCAAAGGUGUUAACCCGACCAACAAUCCUGGGAUGUGAGGUGAGCACAGAGCACAAAACCUCACCUCAGAGCCAAGGUGUCUGAGAACAACCAAAGUGAUGGGGAAGGAGGGUGCAACAGGAAUGAACCUGAAAAACUGAAGAGAUAGCAGGUAAAAUAAGCUUAUGAAGGACAGACAGGCCAAAACCUGAAGGUCCCAGCAGUGACAAAACUGGCAGAAUCAGAGAACCGUAACACAAAGCUGAACCAGCCCAUGGAACCCACCCUGCAGGCAAGGAGGCAGCACUGUAAGAGAGACCCUUGUGAAGGGUGUAACCCAGGAGAGAGACAGAAACAGCCGUGUUAAAUGUAGAAAAACAGUUUGGAAUUCUUACAUUUAGAAUCCCCAUCAGUACAAUAGCCAGUUCUGCACAUGCGAGGAGUGUUGUCAUAGCAGAAAAGUGUCAUCCCCAAAACAAUGUAAACAGCAAAGAAAAUGCAUGUUUAAAAAGUAUAUUGAGUGCUGGAAAAUAUAUAGAAACAACAGUGUUAAAUGUUGAAAAACAGGACUGGAACUUUAUAAGACAUAUAAAUGAACUAUUGGGAGAUGUGUAUAAAACACGUGUGUGUAUGAAUCAUUAUUGGAACUGGGUGGUUGGACACAGAUGUGCGAGCUGUCUCGUCCACUUGGUUUUGGGUUGGAAAACAGUCCAAUCAUCGAUUGUGUGAUGUGUGGCAGUCUCCUACAAUAACGAUAAGUGCAUUGUACCCCAUACAUGCUAUAGUGGUGCUUCUUCACUGUAUAAGUUAUUGAUAGGCAGUUUUAAAUUAAGUUUAUUUAUAGAACUCUGUGUGUAGGUGAUUGUUUGUGUUACUUUGAUUCUUUCACUCAGAUUUGUGUAACACAUGGUCUAUACCUUAUUAACUGUGAUCCCCAUUUGUAAAGUGUUAAGUAUCAGGACCCCUGUACAGUACUGCUAAAACUCAUGCUAUCUUUGUAGUUACCAAGGAUCGGUUUGUGUAAUUACCCAAAGCUCCCCAAAUCUACUCAAAGCUACCCAAAGUUUCGUAGCAUUACGUAAGUAAUGAAUAAAUAUAAUAUAUUUACUCAUUAUAAUGUUGGUGCUAAAUGUAGAACAUGAAAAAACAUAUUUUUACUCUUAAAAAGUAUCCUUUGAUAAAGAAAUUAAAUGAAACUAGGUAGCAGUAGACUCCAAAGAAAGUCAAUGAUCCAAGCAACAAUAUAGUGGAGCGACUUAUCAAAGACACAUUGUUGCCUGGAGAGUGUUUGCUGGUAUAUCAGCCUCCUGUACACACAUCACACUUCUCUGCUCAAAUUUAAUUAAUGAUAUUAACUACAAGAAUGCAGAUUUACAAUAAUAUUUAGCAUAAAUAGCCAGAAAACAUUUAAUAUUUAUUAAAAUUAUGUGUUUGGAAAUAAAAUCAACUCCAUAGGACAAUGGUUUUGUUAAAUAGAUGCUGAAGGUUAUUCCCUGGUAUGCGUUUGCUACUUAACCACUGUGAUGCGCUGAGUUUAUUGUGAAAUUUCCCAUGCGCAUGAAAUUAAGUGUUCCCAAAAAAUUAUUUUUUCUUUGUAAAAUGAUAAAUUCCCUUCCCUGAACAUGUCUAUGUAAAAAUAAAAACCAAAUUCCACAUACUUCGGCUGUGGGGACAUGGACAAGGUGCGCUGUGACAUCAUCAGGGGUGAUUGCCCGUGCGUGAAGCUCCCAGGGCUGUGGGGACAUGGACAAGGUGCGCUGUGACAUCAUCAGGGGUGAUUGCCCGUGCGUGAAGCUCCCAGGGCUGUGGGGACAUGGACAAGGUGCGCUGUGACAUCAUCAGGGGUGGUUGCCUGUGCGUGAAGCUCCCAGGGCUGUGGGGACAUGGACAAGGUGCGCUGUGACAUCAUCAGGGGUGAUUGCCCGUGCGUGAAGCUCCCAGGGCUGUGGGGACAUGGACAAGGUGCGCUGUGACAUCAUCAGGGGUGGUUGCCCGUGCGUGAAGCUCCCAGGGCUGUGGGGACAUGGACAAGGUGCGCUGUGACAUCAUCAGGGGUGGUUGCCCGUGCGUGAAGCUCCCAGGGCUGUGGGGACAUGGACAAGGUGCGCUGUGACAUCAUCAGGGGUGGUUGCCCGUGCGUGAAGCUCCCAAGGCUAUUGGGGCAUGGACAAGGUACGCUGUGACAUCAUCAGGGGUGGUUGCCCGUUCGUGAAGCUCCCAGGGCUGUGGGGACAUGGACAAGAUGCGCUGUGACAUCAUCAGGGGUGGUUGCCCGUUUGUGAAGCUCCCAGACAAGGUCGCGCGGGUCAUUCAAGUACAAUGGGGCCUCGACUUACGAUGCUAAUCCGUUCCCAGAGACGGAUCGUAACUCAAAAUAUCGUAAGUCAAAGCGAUUUUUCCCAUAAGAAAUAAAGGGAAUUGAAUUAAU